UGUCAUUUGUGGUAGCGGAAUAAGUUGAAGUUUGUAAACAGUAAAAAGCGGACGCUCGUAAAUUUUCUCGAGUUUUUCAGAUUGAACUGAUUGCUUUAUCUUGAAAUUUUGAACCAAAGCGAAUAAAAAAUGCCGAAAUACUACUGCGACUAUUGCGAUACUUACCUGACCCAUGACUCACCCAGCGUGCGUAAAACCCAUUGCACCGGCCGAAAGCACAAGGACAACGUAAAAUUCUACUAUCAAAAGUGGAUGGAAACGCAAGCUCAGCACCUAAUUGAUGCAACCACCGCGGCAUACAAGGCCGGAAAGAUCCAACAGAACCCGUUCACAGCCGGUCCGCCGAAGCCGCCGAACGUGGCCAUUCCACCGCCGAACAUGGGCAUUCCUACGCGUCCACCCAUGAUUCCCGGCAUGCAGCAGCAGCCUCCACUGUUGGCCAUGCGUCCCCCGAUGAUGAUGCCCCUGGGGAUGCCGCCCCACCACCAUCCAAUGACUCUGGGAUACCGACCGCCGAUGAUGACCGGUCCGCCACCGCAAGCGAUUACUGGUCCAGUUCCGGCGAAGGUUCCUGGUUUCCUGCUGUUAUCAGAUGACGUGACACCAUGACGUCAGUGGAGGAUUUUCUUGGCUGCAGUUGCUGGACAACAGUGUUAUUAGUGGAAUAUUGAGUGAUUAUUUUAGUUAAAUUUUAAAGUAAAAUGCUUACUGUGCAAAAAAUAAAUAAAUAGAACAUAAACAAACAAGACUGUCUUUAAAAUAAAGAAUAAGACAAGAAGAAGAAAAACGUGUUAAACCAGAUUAUCAGUUUAAUAAAAUAGUUUAUUCAUUCGAUAAACAUGUUUGUUGAACCAUCCCUCAUGAUAGUUGAUAGAUUGAAAAUGUCAUUUUGGGCCAUAACAAACAUGUUUGUUGGAUCGACAAAAAUUGUUGGUUUGAUUUGGACAAACAUGUUUGCAGGCCCUGAGAUGACUAUCAUGUUUGUGGAGUACACCCAACAUUUUGCUAGGUUUACAAUCGGAUUUUUCUGCGUGUAGUCAAUUGGGUCCUAAAAUGUAGCUUAGAUUGCUGAUAUUAUUGUUUACAGCGAUAAAGCUUAUUUUUCUGAGUACAAUGACCCUUUGUACGACCACAUAGAGUUUAAAAUGGAUUUUUAAAUCAAUUUUGAAAAAUUAACCUCACGGUCCUUCUUGACAGAAAAGCUCCUACUUGACAGCUCGUUCCAAGGGGACCAUAGUUGAUCCAUCGAAAAAAUGUUGUCUUGUAAAAAAAAAAAUCGCAUUAAAAUGAAAAAAAAAGUGAUCAGAAAUGGUUUUUAAUCGUGCUUUUUACCGUUGUACAUAAAAAUUUACAUAGGGCUUUAGUACCCAAUUAUUCGUUGGGAACACCAUGCUUUUUCAAAAACAUUUUUUUUUUCGUAAAAUCGUGAUAACUCGUGAUGGUAACAACCGCCGACCAGCAACUCCACCGGAGCAGGCUUGGUUUGGUGUGUUGUUUGGAAUGACUUAAGGCUAGUACGGAGUUCGGAAGAAAAUGGAUCAAGAAACAGCUUUACGUACAGCAGUACAAAGGAGAGGGAGCGAUUUCUCGGGGCAUUUCUUCACCCUCUCUGGCUUGCUCUCGCCGCUGCUGCUGUCCAUUUGAUUUGUUUCUUGACCGGUUCCUUCCAAAGUGCAUAAACAUCUUUAAGGAGGUAUUAGACUACGGCAAACAAACAAACAAACUCGCACAUUUUGACUGCGUUGUUUGUUCGCCAACAUUUGUUUGCAGAAACGUCAGCUUGCAUACAUUUUGUCUUGUUUGCGAGUUUGGCAAACUGUCAAACGCGAAAAUGUGCGAGUUUGUUUGCCAUAGUGGCCUAACAACAACUAAGGCUUGACAUGACUUCUUUCCUUCCGAACUCCGUACUAAGCAUUUUUUACUUUCGACACGCGGUGAAGAAAAUUGUACAUAUAAUUGUGAUGUUAAGACAAAAUCGGGUGCAAUUUGACACAAUUCAAAACACAAUAAAUUAUUACUAGUCUUUAUUUGAAUGCAAUAUUACUUUUGUUGAAAUGAACUGAAUUGUUUAGUUGAGUACAUCGAUACGAUAAAUCGGAGUUUCAAACAUUAUUUUUUUCCACAAAAAAAAAAAUAAAAAACACCGCAUCAGCAAGUGCAGUUGUUUGCUGCAUCGUGUUGUACUGGGGUACUUUUUGAGACUUGAUUUUUGCUUCUCCUCGCCGCAGGGUCAAUAAUUUAUUUUGUUGGUGUUGUUGUACCUUGCAGUAGCUUGUUGCACUUGAUUCCCGAUCACUCGGAGUCACCGUCGCGAUCUGUUUUGAA